GAAACAUAUACUGAAGCUUUGGCUAUGGAGAUCGCAAAAAGUAGUCGAAAAUCUCUCCAUCUUCCCGGAGAAAUCAUCGAAGAAAUACAGUCAAGAUUGCCGGUGAAAUCACUCUUGAGAUUCAGGUGCGUCUCGAAAUUAUGGCUGUCAUUAAUUGGCAGCAAACGCUUCAUCAAAACCCAGUAUCAAAAUUCAAUAAAAAACCCAUUUUUCCCCCAUCAAAGGGUCAUUAUACAUAAGGAUCUUUCUGCUAAUCAUGUGCAAUGUUCUCUGCUGUCGGUUUUGAGCGAACUAACGAAUACUAUCCCUUUAAGUCCUUUAGCUGAUCCAAUAAAUACUACAUUGUCGAUGGGAUAUGAAAUUGUGGGGAGCUGUAAUGGGCUGCUCUGCCUUCGUGUUCGUGAUGAACAAAGUAGAAUUCACUUGUGGAACCCAUCCACUAGAAUCUCCAAGAAACUGCCAGAAAUUUCUAAUCGCGGCUAUGUUAUGGAUUUGGGGUUCUGUUGGGUUGAAUCGAGUAAUGAGUACAAGUUGUUUGUGGGUCUUCGUAAUUUUGAUUAUUACCAGCAGGAGAUCGAAUGGGUUUGUAAAGUUUAUAGUUCAAAGACAAAAUCAUGGAAAACAAGUGAGCACUGUGCAGAUUUAGUUUUAUGUUGUCUACCGGGGGUAUUUGCAGGUGGGAAGCUUUACUGGAGGUAUUACGGAUAUAAAGAGAUAGAUAUUAUUUUCUUGGACUUGAAGAGUGAGGUGAUUGGAAGGAUUGAGCUUCCCUUUGAUCACGAGUUUUGCAGGAAACAGCACUGGUUUGUGGGUGUGCUUGGUGGCUUACUUUGUGUGCUAUGUCAUACUGACUCGUCUAGAGAAGUCGUUCGAGUUUGGGUUAUGAAGGAAGAAGCUUGGAAGAGAGUGGCGACGUUUGCUAAUCUUGUUGAGCUUCUUCAGCCACCACCAUUAAUGGCGGUGGGUCUGAAGACCGAGAUUUCGGUAAAUUGUGGAUCCAUCUUGUUGGUUUAUGAUCAUGGAGAUAAUGUGUUCCGCAGCCAUGAGGUUUGUUCGGGUUACCGUUCACAUGUCUAUGUUGAAAGUUUAGUCUCGCCAGAAGAUUUAUGA